AUGUCUUGGCACAAAAUUGUUAGAAGUGGUAAUUUUAAAAGAAAAGUAAAACGAAAUUUACAGCGAAUCACAACUAGUCAGUUUGCAAAUAAUACAGAAUAUGAAGAAUUUUGCGAAUUAACUAAUGACGGUCUUAUUGGUACUCAAUCUACUGAUCCCCAAGAAUUAAAUAUUCAGGAUACCAGUACCAGUGGCUUAAUAGAAGACCUGGCUUCAGAACAACCGGCGAGCUCAUUGGAUUUCGAUGAAGGUGAAACGGAUGACUUAAAGAAGUUUGAUUUUAAACAAGAUCUAAAAGAGUGGGCACUGAAGUAUAACAUUAAUCACGUUGCCAUUAAAGAUCUUUUACAAAUUUUAAAUAAAAAUACAGAGGUCAAGUUUCCGAGGGACCCUAGAACUUUCUUGGCUACUCCAUGUAAAAUCAAUGUACGGGAUAUUGCUGGAGGUCAAUAUUGGCAUAAUGGAUUAACUAAGUGUUUGCUAGAAUUAUAUCAUAACAUGAAAAAAAGCCAGAAUAUUUCUAUAAAUAUAAACAUUGACGGAUUGCCGAUUUUCAACUCCUCGAAAUACGAAUUGUGGCCCAUACUUUUUAACGUCAAUGAAAUUUCAUGUAAGCCUAUGAUAAUUGGCAUAUAUUAUGGGAAGGGAAAGCCUAGCAAUUUAAAUGAGUUUUUAUCUGAAUUUGUAGAGGAGUUAUUGCUAAUAUUGAAUAAUGGUGUGGUGAUCGGCGAUUAUAAAAUACACGUACAAUUAAAGUGUUUUAUAUGUGAUUCGCCAGCAAGGUCUUUUGUUAAAGGUGUAGCAAAUUUUAAUUCUCAACAUGGAUGCCAAAAGUGUACCAUUGUUGGAGAGUACUCCCAUAUAACGCACAGUAAUUACUAUCCAAAUAAAAAAUUUUCAAAAAGAACCGAUGAACAAUUUCGCUUGAAGAAAGAUGAAUACCAUCAUAAAACUGACUCUGUAAUCUUAAAACUUCCAAUUGACAUGAUAUAUUGUUUUCCUGUAGCUGACUCUCUUCAUUUGAUAGAUUUGGGAAUAAUGAAACGGUUGUUAACAGGUUGGCGUGAUGGUACUUAUAAAAAUAAAUCCCUAAAAUGGUCUGCAAAGGUAACGGAAGGUGUCUCAAUGCAGAUGCUAAAAAUAAAGUUACCCAAAGAGCUUCAUAGAGCAACUAGAGGGCUGGAUGUAUUGUCCUACUGGAAAGGAUUGGAAUAUAGAAAUUUUCUUUUGUACAUCGGAAUCACUAUCUUAAGAGAUGUAUUGGAACCUCGUGUUUAUGAACACUUUCUAGGUUUAUUUUGUGCUAUAACAAUUUGCUCUACAGAUUUUUACUCAGACUAUGUUCAUGUUGCUGAAGCAUUAUUAGACCGUUUCGUUCAUUGUUAUUCAAGUAUAUACGGUGAAUUCUUUAUUACCAGUAACAUCCAUAAUUUAACACAUUUAAUAGACGACGUUAAAGUGCUGGGAAAUUUAACAAAAUUUUCCGCUUAUCCUUUUGAAUCAAAAUUGUAUGAAAUUAAAAACAUGAUAAGAAAUGGUAAUAAACCAUUGGCACAAAUAGCAAAUCGGUUGAGUGAAAAGCAAAGUUUUGAUCUCUGGGAAAAUAAAGAAUUGCCUACCUAUCCAUGUUUAAAAAAUGUGACGGAUGAUACCUUCCUUCGCAAUAUUAUUGAACCAGGUGAAACCACAACUAUCUUUAAAAAGAUUUUUUUUGAAGGAUUUUGUCUUGGCGGAAGUGAUGAAAACAGGUGGUUUUUAACUAAACAAAAUGAAAUAGUGUACUUUGAAGCGGUGGCAAGAUUAAAAGCUAGUUAUUUAAUCAGUGGAAAGAAAGUUAAAGCUGCCGCGCCUUUUUUUCUAACACCGGUUAAUUCUACUUUUCUUAAUAUAUAUAUUGCUAGAGCUGAAUUUAAAUCAAAAGAGACAUUUAAGAUGUCUGAUAUUAAAUGUAAGUUAGUGCAUAUAAUAUAUAAGGAUCAAAUUGUGUUUGUGCCUCUACUGCAUACUCUUUGUAAAUAA